AUGGCCGGCUCUACAACGGCCUCGGUGGCGGUGGCCAUCGCCUGCCUCACCGUGGUCUCGCUGCUCACGAUUCCUUCGCUGACACGACUUAUGCAGCGGAUACGCAAGCGAAAGGACCAGUAUCAACCACUAUCAGAUCGCUAUGAGGACCAAGAUGGGGCUGCUACUGAUCUAUCAGAGGCAUCCUAUUCGGAUAUAGUGCAGCGACUGGUGCUCUUGCUAGGAUCGGCUGUUGCUACCGCCGAUGCGCUGGCGUUUGCAUUCAUCAUCACAACACGUCCUUCGCUUUCGUUGCAGCUUGAGCAGUGGCUUCAAUUCGGCACAUGGGUCUUGCUCUUGGCCCAAUCUGUGGUCAUAUACACUACACCGCAAUGUACCGAAAAGUACCAGUUGGGAAUCUACAGUGCAGCAUCGUACUUGGCGAUCCUGGUCGCCGUCGCCGUCGAAAACAUCUCACUAUGGCAACAGGAGGCUGUCGACCUGCCUCGUAACAUUCACUUGACGCUGUCGCUGCUGCAGUGGUUCAUUGCCCUAGGCUUAAUGUUCACAAGUCUACUAAUCCCUAGACGACCUGACGUUUACCGGAAUGAAAAAGUGGUUGACAGACAGCACACGGUAUCUGUACUGGGCAAGCUCACCUUCUCCUGGCCUACGGAAGUCCUUUUAUACGCCAUUCGCAAUCGUGGGUUAGACUAUGCCGACCUGCCGGAGCUCUCAUAUAAAAACCGUGCCGAGACGCUGAGAACCCGCUUCGAGGCGGUCGGAAAGAAGGAUAAAUUGUGGAAGUCGAUAUUCUGGGCUCAUCGUGGGCCUUUUAUUUUGCAGUGGAUCCUUCAAGCAAUCUGCUCGAUUACGAACUUCUUACCGCAGAUUGCACUUUACUUCAUCCUCAAGAUUCUGGAACAGCGUGACGAAGGGAUCAAUGUUGGACUCAAGGCAUGGCUUCUUGUGGCUGGGCUUGGUAUCUCGGUCACGAUAUCUAGCUGGGUCGAGGCAUACAUGUUCUUUGUCGCUUUCAUGAGAGUCGGUGUGCCGGUAUAUGAACAGCUGUCUGCUGUAGUCUUUGGGAAGGCGAUCCGACGAAAAGACGUCAAGGGGGUCACUAAAACUUCCGAUGUCGACGCUAAGCUCGCCAACGGAGAAAUCACCCUGAAUGAGGCAGCAGGGCCAAAGAAAGACGAAGACACCAUCCCUGAGGAUGACGAGGAGGAGGAAGAUACCGCCAAGACCCGUCAGAGCACCAUAAACUUGGUCGGAAUCGACUCCAAGCGGAUAUCAGACUUUGCCAUGUUCAACUACAUUUUCCUGGGCAGUGUGAUCAAACUCACCUUUGCCAUUGCCUUCCUUGUCAAUCUCAUCGGUUGGAUUCCAAUGCUGGCCGGCUUCAUCGCGCCGGCGAUCAUCACCCCUUUGAACAUUUGGGUAUCAAAGAAGUAUGCUGCGGAACAGGACCAUCUUAUGAAAUAUCGCGAUCAGAAGAUGGCGGUCGUCACUGAGGCUCUUCAGGGUAUCCGCCAGAUCAAAUUCAGUGCGCUCGAGCGUGAGUGGUACGAGAAAAUCCUACAGACUCGGAGAAAGGAGCUCGGCACGCAAUGGCGCGUGUUCAUCUAUGAUGCAAGUCUGAUCAGUAUUUGGAUCUUUGGUCCCGUCAUGCUGUCAGCCAUCUCACUAACGGUGUACGCGAUCAUCCACCAGCAAUUGACUGCCUCGGUGGCAUUUACAACCAUUUCCGUCUUCGAAGCCAUCGAAAUGACGUUAGCAAUCAUACCAGAGAUGGUCACCGAUCUCCUGGACGCUUUGGUUAGUGCUGCUCGUAUUCAAGCAUAUCUCGAUUCUCCUGAGCGAGACGAUCGCCUCAUUGACGGGCCGCAAGUCGAGUUCACUGGUGCAACGAUUUCCUGGCCAUCAGACAAGCCUGAGGAAGAGGACCUGUUCAAGCUGCGGGACCUGAACCUGGAGUUUCCCAAGGGCGAGCUAAGUGUCGUCUCUGGACGUACAGGUAGUGGCAAGUCGCUGCUGCUCUCCUCGAUCAUCGGCGAGGCUGAAGUGCUCGGCGGAAGUGUUGCAGUACCUAAGCCUCCGAAGGCCGCCGAGAGGUACGAUUCAAAGGCCACAAAGCGCGACUGGAUAAUUCCUUCGUCCAUCGCCUACGUAGCGCAGAUUCCCUGGAUUGAAAACGCCACAAUCCGGGACAACAUUCUAUUUGGUCUGCCACUGGACAAUGAGCGUUACCAGAAGGUCCUGCAUGUCGCUGCCCUGGAGAAGGAUUUGGACAUGCUUGAAGACGGUGAGCAAACCGAUAUUGGUGCAAAUGGUAUCAAUUUGAGUGGUGGACAGAAGUGGCGUGUUUCGUUCGCCCGGGCAUUGUACUCCAGAGCGGGAGUUCUGGUCUUGGAUGACAUAUUCAGUGCCGUGGAUGCAAAUGUUGGCCGUCAUCUCUAUGAGAAAGCACUCACAGGCGAGCUGUGUGAGGGCCGGACCAGAAUUUUAGUCACCCACCACGUGGCUCUGUGUCUACCGAAGACAAAGUACAGCGUCCUCCUGGCAGAUGGUACUGUCGACACUGCUGGCAUGACCGACGAGCUCCGAAAGAGCGGCCAGCUUAGCAACAUCCUCGCCCAAGAUGUCGAAGAGACCCAGAAAGAAGAAGAAGACGUGGCCAAGCAGGAGCUUGCUGUCGAUGAUGGUGGUGGUCUGCAGAAAAUAAUGACCAACCAGUCGAAAAAGUCACGCCGCGAAUCCGCUCUCUCCGCACGGUCACCGGACCUGACCCGAAGGCGUUCUCAUGCUACAAUCGAGAAUGGUAUCGUGAAGAAGCAGGCCGAUCCUCCCAAGAAGUUUACCGAAGAUGAGACGCGAGAGACUGGUACGGUCAAAUGGAAGGUUUACGCCGAGUAUAUUCGAGCUUGCGGCGGCUUCAGUUAUUGGACGCUGAUCAUGCUGGCGUUCGCAAUCUGGAUCCUCGUGUACCUGGCCCGGUCGUACUGGAUCAGCGUCUGGACGCGCUCAUAUCAUACCGAGUCUGCGGAUCGGAGCGCUCUCGGCGUGCACCUUGUCAAACAGACCGGCCACCACAUCCAUCACUACGCCAGCAGGCUCAAGGCGACCGAAUUGGAUGGCGAUUUGGCAUAUUAUCUCGGCGUCUAUCUCGGCAUUUCGCUUCUAGCUUGGAUCAUCGGCACAGUGCGCUACUUUGCUGUUAUGGUGGCUUCGAUCCGUGCGUCCAAAGUCUUGUUCGAAAGUCUGACCUACGCUGUCCUACGCGCGCCGCUGCGCUGGCUCGAUACCAUUCCAGUCGGCCGUAUCUUGAACCGCUUCACGUCCGACUUCAACAUGAUCGACAGUCGCAUCGCCUACGAUAUUAGCUUCAUGUUGCACAAUGCGAUGCAAGUUGUGGCUGUGGUUAUCGCCGGAGUCGUGGUGUCUCCAUUUAUGAUCAUUUUUGCUCUCGUGCUUCUAGGAGCCUGCCUCUUCUACGCGCUUCGCUACUUGGCUGGCGCCCGAGAAGUGAAGCGGCUCGAGUCCAAUGCCAAAUCGCCAGUCUUUGAGCAAUUCGGUAGCGUGCUCACCGGUAUCGCCACUGUUCGUGCCUUUGACAAAGCUGACGCAUAUAUCGAGCGCAUGUACCAUCGCAUCGACACUCACUGCCGCGCCUACUGGCACCUCUGGCUUUUCAAUCGCUGGAUGGGCUUCCGUCUGAACAUGGUAGGCGCCGUAUUUGCUGCCAUUGUUGCCGCACUGAUCGUCUCCAUCCGCGGCAUCGAUGCCUCACUCGCUGGCUUCGCCCUUUCCUUCGCCCUCAGCCUCUCUGAAGCUGUCAUCUGGAUGCUUCGGCAGUACAGCAACGUUGAGCUCGAUUCCAACGCCACGGAGCGUAUCGUCGAGUACAGCAACAUCACGCUCGAAAAGCAGACCGGCACCGCCCCACCGGCCGCCUGGCCCACGCGUGGCGAGCUCGAAGUCAACGACCUGGUAGUCUCCUACGCACCCGAUCUGCCUCCCGUUCUCAAAGGCCUCACCUUCAGCGUGACAUCCAACCAGCGCAUCGGCGUUGUGGGCCGCACCGGCGCCGGCAAGUCCAGCUUGACCCUCGCGCUCUUCCGCUUCCUCGAGGCGCGCUCGGGGACCAUCCACAUCGACGGCGUCGACAUCGCCGGCAUCAACCUACACGACCUCCGCUCCCGCCUCGCCAUCAUCCCGCAAGACCCCGUCCUCUUCUCCGGCACCGUGCGCAGCAACCUCGACCCCUUCAACCAACACAGCGACGCCUCGCUGCGCGACGCGCUCGCCCGCGUCCACCUGAUCGCCAGCACGCACGCCUCCGCCGGCCCCGCCAGCGGCACACAGACCCCGACGCCCAUCGCCACCACGCCCGCCACACCGACCACAAUCACCACAAACGACAACAAAAACCCCUUCCGCUCCCUCCACAGCAAGAUCUCCGAAGGCGGCCUCAACCUCUCGCAAGGCCAGCGCCAGCUCCUCUGCCUGGCGCGCGCCAUCGUCUCCCGACCCAAGAUCAUGGUCCUCGACGAAGCCACCUCGGCGGUGGACAUGGAGACGGACGCGCUGAUCCAGCGCAGCAUCCGCGAGGAAUUUGGCGACGCGACGCUCAUCGUCAUCGCGCACCGCCUGAGCACCAUUGCGGACUUUGAUCGAAUUCUCGUCUUGGGUGAGGGGAGGGUGGUGGAGUUUGACACGCCGAAGAAGUUGAUGGGGAGGGGAGGCGGGGUGUUUAGGGGGUUGGUUGAGGAGAGUGGGGAGCGGAGGGAGUUGUUGGGGAUUAUUGGUGAAGGAGACGGAGACGGGAACGGGGCGGCGUGA